AUGUCGUUCCCCUUCCCUGUGCCGCAGCCGGGUCUAACGGCCCCCGAACUCAUAGAACCACAGUCGCCGCGCAUGAGCCGGCAGAUUGUGGAAGCGACAAAAGAAGAUAAUGCCAAUCGUGCUGAGAUAGAACUGGAAGCAGCGGCUGACGAAGCAACAGGCAAGCUUCAGGAAGCUCUCGAUAUUGGCGAACCACCGCACAGCCCCGAAGAAAAGGAAACGAAAGCUCGAGAGAAAAGCGGAUUCCUAACCAACAUCUUAGAAAAAGCGGCUCAGGCGUUCUCGUCAUCUAGUCUGACUCAACUAGAAGGAGGAGAAGAAGUCCGGCAGUUUCAGAGGGGCGUUAUUGCAGCGCUGGAAAAGCAAACGCUUCCGUCGCCAAUGACGAAAGCAGACUUCGAUGAGCUGGAAGAAGCCGCAGCACCGAAGCUGGUACCCGAGUGCGUUCGAGAUUACUCUCUUCAGUGCCCUGAAGCCUUCAGGUCCGACGGGGCGAAUUGCGUUGCGUUGGAUUCGUACAAAGGGCCAUGCGCGAAAAUACAAACAGAUCUGCACAAGCUCACGGAAGAUCAGAAGGUGGCCUGGUCGGAUAUUUGCCAGGCCAGCUUCCCGUGCUUGCCCGAUAGUUGCCCCGUUGGCUCCAACUAUAAAAGGCAAUGUCCUGUGGGAUGGAAGUUAGAUGCCGAUGGAAGCUGCCGAAGCGCUUCGGGCAAGCCUCCGUGCGACAACAAAAUCCGGGGGGACUCAUCCGCUGAGGAGAAAGCAAACUUCGAGUCAACUUGCCACGUGCGUUGGCCUUGCCUUCCCCGUAGGUGCUCCAAGGAUUACAGCACCGCGUGCCCGGAAGGUUGGCAUCAGUCGUCCAACCGUAUGUGUUCGCCUCCGCCGCUCUACAAAGGUCCCUGCAACCAAGCUGUUGACAUGAGUGGAUACGUUGGAAGGAGCGAUUUGAAGGCAUCUUUUGAGAAGAGGUGUCUGGCCACCUGGCCGUGCAAUUGGGCCGUGGCUACUCGUCAAAGAGAUUACGAAGCACCUUGUCCCCUGUCCUGGAUUCGCUUGACUGACAGGACUUGCGAGGCACCACCGGACUUCCAACCAUCGGCGGACUGUCCUCGUCGAAUAAAUUCUGCAAUGUCCGCAUCUGAGAAAGCAUCGUUAGCAGUUGAAUGUGAUGUAGAUUUCCCUUUCGCGGAACGUGGACAGUGCCCGCGAGAUUUCUCUUCCAGGUGUCCGAUCGACUGGGUUGACGUAGGAGACGGACACAAUUGUCGGGCUCCUGAAGACUACAUGGGAAACUGCGAUCGAGUGCUAAACUUUGGCAGGAUGAGCGACAGUCAGAAGGUCGAUAAGAUGGCUGUAUGCACAGUUGACUGGCCUUGCGUCGGCGAAUGGACUCGGGGAGCUACGUUGGUUCACUUCUCAACGACAACGAAAUCCCCCUCGCCCCCAUCUACUGCAGAGCCGAACGGCGCCCUCAACGAAAGUGGUGUUGUGGAAACUCCCCUCACGCAGUAA